AUGGUCAAACUCACGGUCAGUCCCAUCCUUACUCUCGCACUAUCGCUGGCCGCCCUGGGUCCACUAUGGGCUCUGAAUCCAGUCUCAAUCAAAGGAACAAAGUUUUUCGAUUCCGUUACACAGGACCAGUUCUUCAUCAAAGGAGUCGCUUACCAACCCCGGACCCUCGCUGCCGGCUUCUCUGAUCCCCUCUCCAAACCCGCCGACUGCAAGCGCGACUUUCCUCUCAUGAAGGAUCUCGGCCUCAACACCGUUCGCGUUUAUCAGGUCGAUCCCUCGCUAAACCACGACGAGUGUAUGAAGGCUCUCGAGAACGCCGGCAUCUACCUCAUCCUGGACCUCAUGGUCCCAAAACAUUCCAUUGUCCGCAACAACCCCGAAUACGACACCAACAUCUGGAACAACGUCCGCAGCACCAUCGAUGCCUUCGAGGGAUACCCCAACACCCUCGGCUUCUUUGUUGGAAACGAGGUCACAAACGACAACAAGACAACCGUCGCCAGCGGCUAUGUCAAAGCCAUGCUGCGCGACACCAAGAACUACAUCGCCUCGACAUCCACACGCAAGAUCCCAGUCGGUUAUGCCAACAAUGACGACCCAGACAUUCGUCUCCAGAUCCAGUCGUACUUCAACUGUGGCAAGGACGAGGAGCGGAUCGACUUUUUCGGUAUCAACCUCUAUGAGUGGUGUGGAGCCAGCACAACCUACAAGACCUCUGGAUACGCCGAACGCACAAAGGACAUUGCCUCGUACUCUAUUCCUGUCUUCCUGUCCGAAUUUGGCUGCAACUUGGUGACUCCACGAACUUUUCCUGAGGUCAAGUCGAUCUUUGGGCCCGACAUGACAGACAACUGGUCUGGUGGUAUCGUGUACGAAUGGUCGCAGGAGGACAACAACUAUGGCCUCGUCCAGGUCAAGCCCGACAACACCGUCUCGUUAAUGCCCGACUACACCAACCUCAAGACUGUCCUCUCUCCUCUCCGCCCUACCGGUGUCAAGAUGGAUGCCUUCAAGGAGAGUCUCCCCAUCUCAACCUGCCCUGCCAUCACAUCCACAUGGGAGCCCAGUGAGAAAUUGGCCCCUACACCUUCAAGUGCCGCCUGCGAUUGUAUGAUGUCCAGCCUGAGCUGUGUGGCCUCUGACCAGGCUGUUGCGACGACAGAAAGUCUCGGCACCUUGCUCAACACUGUCUGCGGUAUGACCUCCUGUGACGACAUCAGCUCCAACGGCAAGACGGGUGUCUAUGGCAAGUACUCGUUCUGUUCUCCUGCGCAAAAGCUCUCGUACAUGUACAACGCGUACUACACCAACAUUGGCAAGAAAGCAGCAGCGACCUGCAACUUUAACGGCAUGGCCAAGCUCCAGGUCGCGACUAAGUCGUCGGAUCAAGGAUGCUCGAACGUGAAGGACACCCCCAACUCGGAGGCCAAAGCGGGCGGACCUAAUGCAGGAGAUCAGGUCAAGGGCGAUAGUUUUAUGGUCGCCUUGGCAGUUCUUCUGGGCGUGUCUGUGCUGGCUCUUUAA